AUGAAAGUCAAAAGAUCUGAAUGCAAUGUUCCUCCAGGGUCGGAUGAAAGCUUUCUUAUUAAUGGAUCGUAUGAGCAAAAUUCGGAUACAACAGUUAUGGAUGAGGAGACGAACAACGAUGCUUUUAGCGGAAGAGAAAAUGUAGAAUUAUACCACGAAAUGUUGAAGAGUGUAGGAAAAAUGAGAUCUCUGAUCAACGAAAUGAAACGUAUAUCUGGUGCAAAUGCUGAAUAUCAUAUUAAGGAUAGGCAGGGGGAGCAAAAGAGGUUUCAACGUAUUUGCUCACAUGAACAUGUAUUGGAAAACAUUUACGAUAGUGAAGUGGCAAUUCAAAAUUUAAAACCCAUUGCAAUAUUUUUCAAACCUCAGCAGAUAGCUGCUUGCCGUUUAUCACAGCUGUUGGGCAGAAGAAGAUUAAAUGUUGUUCUUGUGGUACACGACUAUGCAGACGAGCAAGGAAUAUUCUAA